CUGAAUACAAAGUCCAACUUCCAACGACUCCAGUUAACAAUUGUUAACGUUCAACCACGUGGUUCGCCUUUCAAGCUCACUUCAUUAAUUGUAGCAUCCAACUGCUUCAUCUUUCUACUUCCGUGGAGUAUCGUUACAACAGCCGUUGAUGUUCUUGCUCCGAUUCUCUCGCCGAUCUUUGAAGAUGUGUGCGAUGACGUGAAAUGUGGUAAGGGAGUUUGCAAGCCUUCAGAUAAUAGCACUAUCCCAUAUGAAUGUGAAUGCUCACCUGGGUGGAAGCAACUAUCUACUUCUGAUGAUGAUCACCAUUUGAAGUUUCUCCCUUGCGUCAUCCCCAAUUGCACACUCAAUUAUUCAUGUUCGCAAGCAGCAUCCCCUGUUCAAGAAAAGGAGAACCGAGGGAAUGAAUCAAUCUUUGAUGUGUGUCGCUGGACCGAUUGUGGAGGAGGAAAAUGCGAGUCCACAUCCCUCUUCACCCACAAAUGCGAAUGUAGUGAGGGUUACCAUAACCUUCUCAACUUAACUUUUUCUCCCUGCUUUAAAGAAUGUUCACUUGGAUUGGAUUGUAAGGACCUUAAUAUCGGAUUUAUGAACAAAUCAACCUCUUCUCCGCCUCCGACUCCAUCCGCAGGUCAUUUAAACCAAGCCAACUUUAGAGUUGAAGGCAGCUUCAACUGGUUGAUAUUUACAUUGGCCCUAUUGGCUAGUUAACAGCAUACUGUUAUCCACGAGGUUGGUGCUUAUUCUUACGGGUAACCUUGAGAUUCUGCGCUUGAAUCCAUAUCGGUAAGGGGGCGGGAUUUGAACUCAAUGAUCAUCAUACAUGCUCAUAUGUUGUAUGAAUAAUGUCAUAAUCUUCUAGCUAUUACAAACCCAUUUUGACUCCACAAAUAAGCACCUUAACCUUCUUUUUCCGCAAAGUUUUGUAGCGUCGACUACUUUUUAAUAGCGACCCCAUUGGAAACUCGAGACGGGUGUUGCAC